AUGUCCCAUCAGGAGCAAGCCUUGGUGUCCCUUCUCUCCCAGCUUGCCCUUUCCUUCGACGGCGCCGUUUUGGGCUUCGCCUUGGCCUACGCCGCUCUCCGCACUCUCUUCAAAUUCUCCGCCACUUCUACCGCCCUCCGCAAGCUCCGCCGCGCCCCUUAUCUGUCCGUUUCCGACCUCCGAUCCCUCCUCGCCGAUACUCCCUCCGAGGCCGACUCUAAUUCCGACGGUGGCACAAUCGUAAUUGUCCGCGGCACCGUCGAUGCCAAGUCCGCCGUCGAUGGCUCCUGGAAAACCCUCAGACCUGGCGUCUUGGUUUCUCGCGAGUCCGGUGAUAAAGGCGUCAUUCUCCAAAGAACUCAAACGUGUAUAUACAAUGAAUGGAAAGGCUUAUUUGGAUGGACUUCUGAUCUUCGAGCCAUAUUUGCAAGAUCUUGGAGACAGCAAGAGUCUACAUCUUUAAGGAAGGUGCCUUUUGUUCUAAUUGAUGUUGGACGGCGUCCAUCUACUGAGUAUGUUGUGAUCAACAUGGAUGGCUCAAGACAUCCUUUACCUCUGACGACAGUUUAUCAUAAAUUGCAACCUAUAAAUGCUUCUCCAUAUACUUUCUUGCAAGCACUUUUUGGGCAUGAGUAUCCGGUCGGACUGCUAGAUGAAGAGAAAAUACUUCCAUUGGGGAAGGAUAUCACUGCUGUUGGCCUUUGCAGUUUAAAUAAUGGAAUUGCUGAAAUUAAGUCAUGCAAAGAUCUACCAUAUUUUCUAUCUGACUUGAGUAAAGAUCAGAUGAUACUGGAUCUUUCCAUCAAAACGAAAAUAUUGUUUUGGGGUGGAAUUGCUCUUGGUUCAAUGUCAGUUGGGAUCCUUGGCUAUGCAGUUGUGAGGAACUGGAAUAAGUGGAAACAGUGGAAGCUACAGAGGCAGCUCCAGCAACAAAGGCAAGCAGUGAGUGAUGUUGAACCUCAGGUGGAUGAUGAGAUUGAAGAUGUUCCAGAUGGACAACUAUGUGUUAUAUGUCUGAUGAGGAGAAGGCGCUCUGUUUUCAUCCCCUGUGGGCAUCUUGUGUGUUGCCAAGGGUGUGCCAUUUCAGUUGAACGUGAAGUGGCACCAAAAUGUCCUGUUUGUCGCCAGGAGAUUCGAAAUUCAGUGCGGAUUUUUGAAUCAUGA